AUGGCGCCUGCAUUAGAACUCCUUGAGGAGCCCAUUCAGAGUCUGCCGACUAAGGCAUUCUCAUCCGCUUUCCAUGCAGCUCCUGCUGAAAGUGGUCUGGGCUUAGAAAGCCCGGAGAAGCAUCAGCGUGUGAUGGGUGUCUUUCGGGUGGUGAUUGCAGAUAUCUGCGAGCAAUUUGGCGAAGGCCAUGCUGGUUCUCCCAUGGGCAUGGCAGCCAUUGGUAUCGCCUUGUAUAAGUAUGUUAUGAGAUAUUCACCCAGAAAUUGUGAUUAUUUCAAUCGAGAUCGAUUGGUUCUCUCCAAUGGGCAUGCCUGCCUAUGGCAGUAUACCUUUAUGCACCUCGUCGGCGUCGAAAGCAUGACAAUGGACCAGCUCAAGUCCUACCACUCAGCAAAGCUUGACUCGCUCUGCCCUGGUCAUCCUGAAAUCGAAAAUGAGGGUGUAGAGGUCACGACCGGGCCACUGGGACAGGGUCUCGCUAACGCCGUUGGUCUUGCCAUGGCCAGCAAGAAUCUUGCCGCAACAUAUAAUAAGCCUGGUCAUGAUGUUGUGAACAAUAUGACUUGGUGCAUGGUCGGUGAUGCGUGUCUUCAAGAAGGCGUUGGUCUGGAGGCACUGUCUCUCGCGGGACAUUGGAGAUUGAACAAUUUGUGUGUCAUUUUCGAUAACAACUCGGUGACAUGCGAUGGCACUGCAGACGUUGCCAAUACCGAAGAUAUCAAUAUGAAGAUGCGAGCUACCGGCUUUAACGUGGUGGAUGUGUACGACGGAGACACAGAUGUCGCCACCGUCACAAACGCCCUCAUUGGCGCUCGGUCGAGCGACAAGCCCACAUUUCUCAAUAUUCGCACUGUGAUUGGCUUCGGUGCUACCAAGGCCGGCACAGCGGAUGUACAUGGAGCUGCCCUGGGAGUUGAAGAGGUCGUUAACCUCAAGAGGUCUUUUGGUCUCGACCCUAACGAGCACUUUCAUAUCCCACAGGAUGUAUAUAGCUUCUUCCGUGAUCUUCCUGGACGCGGCGAGGCUCAUGAGGCAAAAUGGCAGGCGGCACUAGCGAAGUACCGUGAAGCGCAUCCCGAUCUGGCAGAUGAAUUUGCACUCCGAGUUGCAGGAAAGAUGGCAGACGACUGGACCAAAUACAUCCCUCAUAAAGAGGAUCAUCCUUCCGCCUCCACUGCCUCUAGGAAGUCCGCAGGCGUGGUGACCAAUGCUCUUGCACAGAAUAUCAACUCAUUCCUAGUAGGCACAGCAGAUCUUACUCCAUCUUGUAAUGUCGCCUACAAAGACAAGGUUGACUUCCAGUCCCCGGACCUUCGAACCUCUUGCGGUCUCGAUGGAAACUACAGUGGUCGAUACAUCCACUACGGUAUUCGCGAGCAUGCUAUGUGCGCCAUCACGAACGGUAUUUCUGCCUUUAACAAGGGCACGUUCGUGCCUAUGACGAGCACAUACUUUGUCUUCCAUUUGUAUGCCGCCGCAGCGAUACGCAUGGCUGCCCUUCAAGGCCUCCAACAGAUUCACAUCGCGACCCAUGACAGCAUCGGUGUGGGUGAAAAUGGCCCUACACACCAGCCGAUCGCCGUGGCUGCUCUCUGGCGCGCUAUGCCCAAUGUUCUUUACAUUCGCCCGUGCGACGCAGAGGAAGUAGCUGGCGCAUACAUUGCUGCCAUACAAGCGACCGAGACACCAACAGUCAUAUCCCUCUCCCGUCAGGGCUUAACCCAGUAUCCCCAAUAUUCUUCACGCGAGGGCGCAUUGAAGGGUGGUUAUGUCUUCGCUGAGGCUGAGGCUGAGGAUUUCGAUGUGACGAUUAUCGGGGUGGGCUCGGAAAUGGUCUAUACGAUGCAGACCCGAGAGUUGCUUUUGAAGGAGUAUGGUAUUCGCGCGCGAGUUGUUUCCUUCCCUUGUAAUCGACUCUUUGAACAGCAGUCUCGGGAGUAUAAGCAAUCGGUGCUGAAGCCGCGUUCUGGAAAGCCGACCGUUGCGAUCGAGGCGUAUCCGUCUAUUGGGUGGGAGCGCUAUGCAGAUGCAUCGGUGUCAAUGAAUAGUUUUGGAAAGAGUCUUCCUUCCAAGGAGACGUAUGCGCAUUUUGGAUUUGCGCCGGAGAGUAUUGCACCCAAGGUCAAGAGUCUUGUGGAUGAAGUCAGGCGGGACGGGAUUGGAAUCUUGAGGGGUGACUUUAGGGAGUUCAAUGCCGGUCUGCGAAUUGGGGUCAAUCAUUAA